AUGGAGAGCCCUCAUGAGCACCAGCAGAGUCUACUGUUGUCUCGAAUCAUCACCAACAUUGAAAAACUCAAUGAAUCAGUCAUGGUCCUGAACAAGAACCUUCAAGAGGUCAAUGUGCAGAACAUGAACGUUGAACUUGUAGCACAAAUGUUCAAGAACUACCAGUCUAAUGUCCUCUUUCAUCUUGAAGCAACGGAGAAUAUCAAGGAUCCUGCCUGA